CGUAGGAAUCUCCGCGGCCCCGGGGCCGCUUGCUUCCUGUUUGUCGGACGAGGAGACAUGGCGGCGGCGCCGGCGGCUGCUGGGUCUGGGGUCGGCCGAGGGCGACGGGCGGCGGCAACUGUGGCGGCUUGGGGCGGAUGGGGCGGCCGGCCGCGGCCUGGUAACAUUCUGCUGCAGCUGCGGCAGGGCCAGCUGACCGGCCGGGGCCUGGUCCGGGCCGUGCAGUUCACUGAAAGUUUUUUGACGGAGAGGGACAAACAGUCCAAAUGGAGUGGAAUUCCUCAGCUGCUCCUUAAGCUGUAUGCAACCAGCCACCUCCACAGUGACUUCAUUGAGUGCCAGAACAUCCUCAAGGAAAUUUCUCCUCUUCUCUCCAUGGAGGCUAUGGCAUUUGUUACUGAAGAGAGGAAACUUACCCAAGAAACCACUUAUCCAAAUACUUAUAUUUUUGAUUUGUUUGGAGGUGUUGAUCUCCUUGUAGAAAUUCUUAUGAGGCCUACAAUCUCUAUUCGGGGACAGAAACUGAAAAUAAGUGAUGAAAUGUCCAAGGACUGUUUGAGCAUCUUGUAUAAUACCUGUGUCUGUACGGAAGGGGUUACAAAGCGUUUGGCAGAAAAGAAUGACUUUGUGAUCUUCCUGUUUACACUGAUGACGAGUAAGAAGACAUUCUUACAAACAGCAACCCUCAUUGAAGAUAUUUUGGGUGUUAAAAAGGAAAUGAUCCGACUAGAUGAAGUCCCCAAUCUGAGUUCCUUAGUAUCCAAUUUCGAUCAGCAGCAGCUUGCUAAUUUCUGCCGGAUUCUGGCUGUCACCAUUUCAGAGAUGGAUACAGGGAAUGAUGACAAGCAUACGCUUCUGGCCAAAAAUGCUCAGCAGAAGAAGAGCUUGAGCUUGGGGCCUUCUGCAGCUGAAAUCAACCAAGCAGCCCUUCUCAGCAUCCCUGGCUUUGUCGAGCGGCUUUGCAAGCUGGCAACUCGAAAGGUGUCAGAGUCAACGGGCACAGCCAGCUUCCUUCAGGAGUUGGAGGAGUGGUACACCUGGCUAGACAACGCUUUGGUGCUAGAUGCCCUGAUGCGAGUGGCUAAUGAGGAAUCUGAGCACAAUCAAGCCUCCAUUGUGUUCCCUCCUCCAGGGGCUUCGGAGGAAAAUGGCCUGCCUCACACUUCAGCUAGGACCCAGCUGCCUCAGUCAAUGAAGAUCAUGCAUGAGAUCAUGUACAAACUGGAAGUGCUCUAUGUCCUCUGCGUGUUGCUGAUGGGGCGCCAGCGAAACCAGGUUCACAGAAUGAUUGCGGAGUUCAAGCUGAUCCCCGGGCUGAAUAAUUUGUUUGACAAACUGAUUUGGAGGAAGCAUUCAGCAUCUGCCCUUGUCCUCCACGGUCACAACCAGAACUGUGACUGUAGCCCGGACAUCACCUUGAAGAUUCAGUUUUUGAGGCUCCUCCAGAGUUUCAGCGACCACCAUGAGAACAAGUAUCUACUGCUCAACAACCAAGAGCUGAAUGAACUCAGCGCCAUCUCUCUCAAGGCCAACAUCCCCGAGGUGGAAGCCGUCCUCAACACUGACAGGAGUUUGGUGUGUGAUGGGAAGAGGGGCUUAUUAACUCGUCUGCUGCAGGUCAUGAAGAAGGAGCCAGCUGAGUCAUCUUUCAGGUUUUGGCAAGCCCGGGCUGUGGAGAGUUUCCUCCGAGGGACCACCUCCUAUGCAGACCAGAUGUUCCUGCUGAAGCGAGGCCUUCUGGAGCACAUCCUCUACUGCAUUGUGGACAGUGAGUGCAAGUCGCGGGAUGUGCUCCAAAGUUACUUUGACCUCCUGGGGGAGCUGAUGAAGUUUAAUGUUGAUGCAUUCAAGAGAUUCAAUAAAUACAUCAACACGGAUGCAAAGGCCUUGGCCGUCUCCAGCCGAGAGCCCACCACCCCGGUCAGCCCAGCCUCCGCUCCAGUUCCAGGUGUUCCUGAAGCAGAUCAACAGCUCGCUGGUGGACUCCAACAUGCUGGUGCGCUGCGUCACUCUGUCACUGGACCGAUUCGAAAACCAGGUGGACAUGAAAGUCGCAGAGGUCCUGUCCGAGUGCCGCCUGCUUGCCUACAUAUCCCAGGUGCCCACACAGAUGUCCUUCCUCUUCCGCCUCAUCAAUAUCAUCCACGUGCAGACGCUGACCCAGGAGAAUGUCAGCUGCCUGAACACCAGCCUGGUGAUCCUGAUGCUGGCCCGACGGAAAGAGCGGCUGCCCCUGUACCUGCGGCUGCUGCAGCGGAUGGAGCACAGCAAGAAGUACCCUGGCUUCCUGCUCAACAACUUCCACAACCUGCUGCGCUUCUGGCAGCAGCAUUACCUACACAAGGACAAGGACAGCACCUGCCUGGAGAACAGCUCCUGCAUCAGCUUCUCAUACUGGAAAGAGACCGUGUCCAUCCUGUUGAACCCAGACCGCCAGUCACCCUCUGCCCUUGUCAGCUACAUCGAGGAGCCCUACAUGGACAUAGACAGGGACUUCACCGAGGAGUGAUCUUGGGCCGGGCCUCGGGAGGCUGCUGGGCCUGGGCCAGCAUGGCUCCUCUGGUUCUGUUUGCUCAUUGGCCGCUGUGUUCAUGGUUUCCCCCAGAAGUGGGAGGGGCCUUCUCUUUCCAUCCCUUGGAGCACAGGGAGGCUGCGGCCGGGCCCCCCGCUCCAGGGCAGCGUCUCCUGCCUGAGCCCACACCCCGCGCAGGAGCCUGCCUGGGAGCAUACCCUCGGCCCCUCCGUGUGUUGCCAAUUUAUUAACAACAAAUAAACCAAUUAAAUGGAGACUAUUAAAGAAUUUAUUUUAAAUGA